AUUCACCUCUUCUAAAUCUUGCCAAUAAUCAAACAAAGAAGACGAAUCAGAAGUUAAGCUGUUUCACUAUAAUCUUAGCAGAAUAUGACUGCGAUGCAAAAGAUAGAAAUUGAGGUACCACUCCACUGUGGUAGAUGCAAGAAGAAGAUUAUGUCGAUAUGCACCACAGCAGAUGGUGUUUGUUCGGUUAGUUUUCAAAGGGAAGGGAAAGAUAAAGUGGUGAUUAAAGGGGAAGGAGUAGAUGCAGCAGGUGUGACAGCAUGUUUGAGGGAGAAGGUGAACAAGUAUGCUAAGCUAAUUAGUGUGGCUAAGGAUACAUGAACAACGUUGAAGAGAGUUCAAGGUUUCAGCUACCAGCUUCACCAUAUUCUAUCUUUCAAUUAGUUUUUGUUGUAAACUUAGAAUCUGAAUUUUGGAUUGCCAUGCAGUUAUAGUUUGAUGUAUAAGUUUAUCUCUGAUAUUCAUGUGUUAUAGAAACCAGAAAGUGAUUUUAUUUGCU